UUUUGUGCAGGACCAAACUGACAUUUCCGGACAUUUCGGACAUCCUACAGCCGGCUCUGUGUGUGCUUUUUGCAUCAAACAUUUCAUUGCAUUUUCCAGCAUUUUCCCAUGAUUGAGUGGACUUUUUCCCUCGCCACGGGCAUCAUAGCACUCACAGUGACCAUUUGGUAUGUGGUGAGGUACCUCCUGAUUCACGACGUUGUCUACAUUCAGGGUAGACCGAGGCACAGUUGGAAGUCAUCAAAGCUCCUGGACAGAGGAUGCUACUGCUCUGUCUGUGAGAUUCUCCUGGUGUCCACGGGACGCUUCUGUGACAGCUGUGGGGUGUGUUCGCAUCCGGAAUGCAUAAAAGGGGCUGAGAAGCUGUUCAAGUGCAAGGAGAAGCACUCAAAGGAGGAUCGUCCGUCGCGGCACAAGUGGACAAAGGGAAAUUUACCGCUCAAUAGAAUCUGCUCGGCAUGCCGGAAGGACAUGGAUGCUGUCCAUGGGCCCGGUCUCUGCGGAUUCCGGUGCAUCUGGUGCCAAAUGUGUGUUCACACAGCCUGUUUCCCACGGAUGAGUGAAGACUGUGAUUAUGGUGAAUUUCGCGAUUUAAUAAUCCCACCGAAUUGUAUUGAUGCCGUACGACGGCGUGGGAGUGCCAAGUUACUGCUGAAGAGCAUAAAGGCAGCACCAUGGCCAACAUGGAAGCCCCUCAUUGUCAUUGCAAACGUCAAAUCCGGCAGUAGUCGUGCCGAUGAUAUUCUCUCCGUUUUCCGUGGAGUCCUCAAUCCCCUGCAAGUGGCCGAAAUGUCUCGCACGGGCCCUCAAGAUGCCCUCCAGUGGGUGGCACGUAUCAGCCCCAAGCCCUGCCGGGUUCUCGUGGCUGGAGGGGAUGGCACAAUCGGUUGGGUAAUGAAUACCCUCUUCUCAAUGGCCGUGGAGUCUUUUCCGGAGAUCUGUGUCCUUCCCCUGGGCACAGGGAAUGAUCUUUCGCGUGUCCUCAAUUGGGGUUCUGAGGCCCCGGACACAAUAGAUCCCAUUGAGUUCCUGCAGCAAGUACAGCGUGCCGAAGUGGCGAAGCUCGAUCGGUGGGUGCUGGAAAUUGCAGGAGCAUCCUCGAGGAUUCCCCUGAAGAGACUCUUGCGGCGCAAUGUCUUCAUGUACAACUACUUCAGCGUCGGAGUAGAUGCGCAGGUCUCGCUGAAUUUCCACCGUGCACGGGAGAGUCAAUUUUACAUGCUGAGCAGUCGUUUGAUCAACAAGAUGCUCUAUCUCUGCUUUGGGACGCAUCAGGUUGUCGUUCCGGACUGUGUGGGUUUGGACAAGGAGCUAGAGCUCUGGUUGGACGACGAGAAGAUCGAACUGCCUGAGCUUCAAUCCGUUGUAUUCCUCAAUAUUGAUUCUUGGGGCGCUGGAGUGAAGCUCUGGGAAAUGAGCAGAGAUGAAGAUGAGUCAGCCGUGAAUAGCUUUGGUGAUGGGAUAAUUGAAGUUCUGGGCAUUGUUUCCUCCUUUCACAUUGCCCAACUACAAGUUGGUCUCAGUAAACCCAUUCGCUUGGGUCAGGCGCGGACUGCACGGGUUCGGCUCCUCAAAACGUGCCCCGUGCAGGUGGACGGUGAACCGUGGGAGCAGACACCGUGUGAGAUUGUCAUCAAAUGCACCGACCAGGCCACUGUAUUGAAGAGGAAGAAUUAAGGAGAAUUCCCCUCUAGAAUCAACCAGCACUGUGUACUUCAAAAUGUGAUCUUUCUUUCGGAAUCUCAAGUUUUAUUUGCGAAUUUAUUGUAUUAAAAGAAAAUAUUAUUUAUUGGUAUUGUCCAUGGAUGGUUAGUUAGAAUAAAAAUUAGACUGCUUAAAAAGAA